CCUGGUGAUUAUCUGAAGUAUGGUAGCGAUGCUGAGGCUUAUGGUAGCUUAGCCAGGAAUCGACGUUCACUUUCUGCAUCAGCACUUGGGCGAGAACUUGCGCGAGGUUUUUUCUUAAUCCUUUAUUUCGACUUUUCUGAAUUUCUUUUUUUUUUGCGUGCCGCUGUUAAUUUCACUUUUUUGUUUGGCUUCGUUGUUGCAGAACAGUCCGAGCGCACCCGUAUGUACUCUGGCACCGGAACAUCGUACAUCAGCCGUGCAUCGGCAGCAGAACGCCCGAUCACGGAUACUUAUUCACGUCGCUACACGUAUCGUAGUCGUAGCGAUAUGGGCAGUCCACGUCGUUAUGCAUCGCAAACACUUCUGGACGGUACACGACCGGGUCCGUCCACUCCUCACACACGUCGUGAUGCACUGCACACAUUGCAGCGUGAGCUUGAUACACUUUCACGCUCACCAGACCGCUUAACACCGCGUGGCUAUAGCUCCGACACCGGGUACAUGAACGAUACAAUGCGCUCACGUACACGUGGAUAUUCAAAUUACGACUACGGUGAGCAUGCACUGCCAUACCAUUUGUCUCGGAACAAGCUCAGUCGUGUAUCAGUCCCAAAUCGAAACUUCCCGAGUGCCUUCGCUUCUUUUGCGAACCGCGGGAUGAUGGGUUGA